AUGGACGUGGACGUGGACAUGGACGUGGACGUGGACGUGGACAUGGACGUGGACGUGGACGUGGACAUGGACGUGGUCGUGGACGUCGACGUGGACGUGGACGUGGCCAUGGACGUGGUCGUGGACGUGGACGUGGACCUGGACAUGGACGUGGACGUGGACGUGGUCGUGGACGUGGACGUGGACCUGGUCGUGGACGUGGACGUGGUCGUGGACGUGGACGUGGACGUGGACGUGGACGUGGACGUGGAGGUGGACGUGGACGUGGACGUGGACGUGAACGUGGACGUGGACGUGGACCUGGACGUGGACGUGGACGUGGACGUGGACGUGGUCGUGGACGUGGACGUGGACAAGGACGUGGACCUGGUCGUGGACGUGAACGUGGACGUGGACGUGGACGUGAACGUGGACAUGGACGUGGACAUGGACGUGGUCGUGGACGUGGACGUGGACGUGGACGUGGACCAGGACGUGGACGUGGACGUGGACGUGGACGUGGACGUGGACAUGGACGUGGACGUGGACGUGGACGUGGACGUGGUCGUGGACGUGGACGUGGACAUGGACGUGGACGUAGACGUGGACGUGGACAAGGACGUGGACCUGGUCGUAGACGUGGACGUGGAUGUGGACGUGGACGUGGACGUGGACAUGGACGUGGACGUGGACGUGGACGUGGACGUAGAGGACUUGGACGUGGACAUGGCCGUGGACGUGGACCUGGACAUGACCGUGGACGUGGACAUGGACGUGGACAUGGACGUGGACGCGGACGUGGACGUGGACAUGGGCGGGACAUGGUCGUGGACGUGGUCGUGGACGUGGUCGUGGACGUGGACGUGGACGUGGACGUGGACGUGGACAUGGACGUGGACGUGGACGUGGACGUGGACAUGGUCGUGGACGUGGACGUGGAUGUGGACGUGGACGUGGACGUGGACGUGGAGGUGGACGUGGACGUGGACGUGGAGGUGGAGGUGGAGGUGGAGGUGGAGGUGGACGUGGACAUGCUCGUGGACGUGGACGUGGACGUGGACGUGGACGUGGACGUGGACAUGGACGUGGACGUGGACGUGGACGUGGACGUGGACGUGGUCGUGGACGUGGACGUGGACAUUGACGUGGACGUGGUCGUGGACGUGGACGUGGACGUGGACGUGGACAUGGACGUGGAUGGCACGUGGACGUGGACGUGGACGUGGACGAGGACGUGGACACGUGGACGCGGACGUGGACGUGGACGUGGACGUUGACGUGGACGUGGUCGUGGACGUGGACGUGGAAGUGGACAAGGACGUGGACCUGGUCGUGGACGUGGACCUGGACAUGGACGUGGACGUGGACAUGGACGUGGACGUGGACGUGGACAUGGACGUGGACGUGGACGUGGACAUGGACGUGGUCGUGGACGUCGACGUGGACGUGGACGUGGCCAUGGACGUGGUCGUGGACGUGGACGUGGACCUGGACAUGGACGUGGACGUGGACGUGGUCGUGGACGUGGACGUGGACCUGGUCGUGGACGUGGACGUGGAUGUGGACGUGGACGUAGACAUGGACGUGGACAAGGACGUGGACCUGGUCGUGGACGUGGUCGUGGACGUGGACGUGGACGUGGACGUGGACAAGGACGUGGACCUGGUCGUGGACGUGGACGUGGAUGUGGACGUGGACGUGGACGUGGACGUGGACAUGGACAUGGAGGUGGACGUGGACGUGGUCGUGGACGUGGACGUGGAGGACUUGGACGUGGACGUGGAGAUGGACGUGGACGUGGACGUAGAGGUGGACAUGGACAUGGACGUAGAGGUGGACGUGGACGUGGACGUGGACGUGGAGGUGGACGUGGACGUGGACGUGGACAUGGACGUGGACGUGGACGUGGACGUGGUCGUGGACGUGGACGUGGUCGUGGACGUGGAUGUGGACGUGGACGUGGACGUGGUCGUGGACGUGGACGUGGACGUGGACGUGGACGUGGAGGUGGACGUGGACGUGGACGUGGCCGUGGACGUGGACGUACGUGGACACGUGGCCGUGGACGUGGCCGUGGACGUGGACGUGGCCGUGGACGUGGCCGUGGACGUGGCCGUGGACGAGGACGUGGACGUUGACGUGGACAUGGACGUGGACGUGGACGUGGACAUGGCCGUGGACAUGGACAUGGACGUGGACGUGGACGUGGACGUGGACAUGGACGUGGACGUGGACGUGGACGUUGACGUGGACGUUGACGUGGACAUGGACGUAGACGUGGAUGUGGACAUGGACGUGGACGUGGACGUGGACGUGGCCGUGGACGUGGCCGUGGACGUGGACGUGGACGUGGACGUGGACGUGGCUGUGGACGUGGCCGUGGACGUGGCCGUGGACGUGGCCGUGGACGUGGACGUGGACGUGGACAUGGCCGUGGACGUGGACGUGGACGUGGCCGUGGACCUGGACGAAGACGUGGACGUGGACAUGGACGUGGAUGUGGACGUGGACGUGGACGUGGACAUAGACGUGGACGUGGACGUGGACGUGGACAUAGACGUGGACGUGGACGUGGACGUGGACGUGGACUUUGACGUAGACGUGGACGUGGACGUGGACGUGGACGUGGACAUGGACGUGGUCGUGGACGUGGACGUGGACGUGGACGUCGACAUGGACGUGGACGUGGACGUGUACGUGGACGUGGCCGUGGACGAGGACGUGGACGUGGACGUGGACGUGAACGUGGACGUGGACGUGGACAUAGACGUAGACGUGGACGUGGACGUGGACGUGGACUUGGACGUAGACGUGGACGUGGACGUGGACGUGGACGUGGACAUGGACGUGGUCGUGGACGUGGACGUGGACGUGGACGUGGACGUGGACAUGGUCGUGGACAUGGACGUGGACGUGGACUUGGACGUGGACAUGGACGUGGACAUGGACAUGGACGUGGACAUGGACGUGGACGUGGACGUGGACGUGGACGUGGACGUCGACGUGGACGUAGACAUGGACGUUGUCAUGGACGUGGACGUGGACGUGGACAUGGACGUGGUCGUGGACGUGGACGUGGACCUGGACAUGGACGUGGACGUGGACGUGGAUGUGGACCUGGACGUGGACGUGGACGUGGACGUGGACGUGGACGUGGACGUGGACAUGGACGUGGACGUAAACAUGGACGUGGACGUGGACGUGGACGUGGUCGUGGACGUGGACGUGGACGUGGACGUGGACAUGGACGUGGUCGUGGGCGUGGACGUGGACAUGGACGUGGACGUGGACGUGGUUGUGGACGUGGACGUGGACCUGGAUGUGGACGUGGACGUGGACGUGGACGUGGACUUGGACGUGGACGUGGACGUGGACUUGGACGUGGACGUGGACAUGGACGUGGACAUGGACGUGGACGUGGACAUGGACGUGGACGUGGACGUGGACGUGGACGUGGACGUGGACAUGGACAUGGACGUGGUCGUGGACGUGGACGUGGACAUGGACGUGGUCGUGGACGUGGACGUGGACGUGGACGUGGACAUGGACGUGGACGUGGACAUGGACGUGGACAUGGACGUGGACGUGGACAUGGACGUGGACGUGGACGUGGACGUGGACGUGGUCGUGGACGUGGACGUGGACAUGGACGUGGUCGUGGACGUGGACGUGGACAUGGACGUGGACGUGGACGUGGACAUGGACGUGGACAUGGACAUGGACGUGGACGUGGACGUGGACGUGAACAUGGACGUGGACGUGGACGUCGACGUGGACAUGGACAUGGACGUGGACAUGGACGUGGUCGUGGACGUGGACGUGGACGUGGACAUGGACGUGGUCGUGGACGUGGACGUGGACCUGGACAUGGACGUGGACGUGGACGUGGACGUGGACCUGGACGUGGACCUGGACGUGGACGUGGACGUGGACAUGGACGUGGAGGUGGACGUGGACGUGGACUUGGACGUGGACGUGGACGUGGAGGUGGACGUGGAGGUGGACGUGGAGGUGGACGUGGAGGUGGAGAUGGACGUGGACGUGGACGUGGACGUGGACAUGGACGUGGACGUGGACCUGGACAUGGACGUGGACGUGGACGUGGAUGUGGACAUGGCCAUAGACGUGGAGGUGGACGUGGAGGUGGACAUGGACGUGGACGUGGACGUGGACGUGGACAUGGACGUGGACGUGGACGUGGACGUGGAUGUGGACAUGGCCGUGGACAUGGACGUGGACGUGGACGUGGACAUGGACGUGGACAUGGACAUGGACGUGGACAUGGACGUGGACGUGGACAUGGACGUGGACGUGGACGUGGACGUGGACAUGGACGUGGACAUAGACGUGGACAUGGACAUAGACGUGGACGUGGACAUGGACGUGGACAUGGACGUGGACAUGGAUGUGGACGUGGACAUGGACGUGGACAUGGACGUGGACAUGGACACGGACGUGGACGUGGACAUAGACGUGGACGUGGACGCAAAAUUGCAAAAACAAGGGCCUUGCGAGUGCAAAAUUGCAAGAGCAAGGGCGUAG